CGUGGAUCAUGCCAUCAUGCGUACCUGACUACUUCUUACUUCUCCUCUACACUACACUACACGUCUUCACCUCAUCCUCUAUCUGUCCACUACAUACACACCCAUAUUAACAACCAUCACAAAUCAAAAUGACCCUCCAAACAACCACCCUCCUCCUCUCCCUCUUAACCUCCCUCGGCGGCACCAUCGGCUACAUCCGCACCAAAUCCCUCCCCUCCAUCAUCACCGGUCUCUCCAUCGGAUUCCUCUACUUGCUUAGUUACCUCCGACUACGGAACAAUCAGCCCUAUGGGGUGGAGAUUGCGUUUUUUGCGAGUUUGGUGUUGGCCGGGAGCUCGAUUCCGAGGGCGGUGAAGACGGGGAAGGGUGGUGGGUUGACUUUUGGUGGUCUGCUUAGAUUGGUGAUACUAGUAUAAUGAUAGGGUAUGGGCUACGGAGUCAUAGUUAUGUAUGGCAUACAGAAUGCGUAUUGCAACGUAAAAUACAGGUGGCCUACCUGCUUGACUUACAUUCAUUCUCCAGUCAAGGUCGUUCA